ACUCAGCCUGGGCGACAGAGCGAGACUCCGUCUCAAAAAAAAAAAACAAAAAACUAUUCUGAGGCCUCUUUUUUUCCUACCAAACCGCGAGAGGAAGCGAAAGAGAGCGCAGCCGCUCUCCCCGGGGCCUUCCGGGACAUAGAAGGACACUGAGUCACCAAGCGCCGCCAAGGGCCGGAAGCCACCGCCCUAGCCUCAGCUGCAAUCUAGAGCGCCGCGUAUCCCGUGAGCCCGCUGGGGACUACGACUCCCGGCAUGCUCCGCGGCCGUCGGAAUUAACCCUUCAGGGCUAGGGGCCGCGCUGUGCCCCGCCCCCUCCCCAGCCCCAGACGCGGACCCCGCAGGAGAUGGGUGCCCCCGUCCACACACUGUCCUUUGGCCACCGGACAUCAUGCCUCCCAAGAAAGAUGUUCCCGUGAAGAAACCGGCAGGGCCCUCCAUCUCCAAACCUGCUGCUAAGCCAGCAGCAGCAGCAGGGGCUCCUCCAGCCAAGAGCAAAGCUGAGCCAGCUGUCCCCCAGGCCCCUCAGAAAACCCAGGAGCCUCCAAUCGAUCUCUCCAAAGUGGUGAUCGAGUUUAACAAGGACCAGCUGGAGGAGUUCAAGGAGGCCUUCGAGCUGUUUGACCGAGUAGGGGAUGGCAAGAUCCUGUACAGCCAGUGUGGGGACGUGAUGAGGGCCCUGGGCCAGAACCCCACCAACGCCGAGGUGCUCAAGGUCCUGGGGAACCCCAAGAGUGAUGAGCUGAAGUCCCGGCGUGUGGACUUUGAAACUUUCCUGCCCAUGCUCCAGGCAGUGGCCAAGAACCGGGACCAAGGCACAUAUGAGGACUACUUGGAGGGGCUUCGUGUGUUUGACAAGGAGGGGGACGGCAAAGUCAUGGGAGCAGAGCUCAGACAUGUUCUCACCACCCUUGGAGAGAAGAUGACUGAGGAGGAGGUGGAGACUGUUCUGGCAGGACAUGAGGACAGCAACGGCUGCAUCAACUACGAGGCCUUCUUGAAACACAUCCUAAGCGUCUGAGUGCUACAGAUCCAGUGGGGUCCGGACACUGGGCCCCGCAGGCGGAAGCACGUUCCAGCCACCAGGAGGCCACCUAUUGUUUCAAAAUAAAGACUGGGUUCCUCUCUUGG